AGGUCAUCUAGUUAACCAAUUCACUUUGCAGACGUGAGGAAACUGAGAAAAGCCCGCUCCGAUCCACACCGGCAGCAUGUCGAUCACAGACUUGCUCGGCGCAGAGGACGUUAAGAAGGCGGUGGCAGCCUUUGCAGCUGCUGAGUCCUUCAACCACAAGAAGUUCUUCGAGAUGGUGGGUUUGAAGAAGAAGAGCAAGCAGGAUGUGGAGAAGGUGUUCCACAUCCUGGAUAAGGACAAGAGCGGCUUCAUCGAGGAGGAUGAGCUCAAAUUCAUCCUGAAGGGCUUUGUACCUGAUGGCCGAGAUCUGUCAGACAAAGAAACCAAGACCCUCCUGGCUGCGGGGGAUAAGGACGGUGAUGGCAAAAUUGGGGCUGAUGAAUUCACAGCUCUGGUGGCUGAAUCAUAAACAGCUCUGACCACCCCAGGCCCUUCGACUGCCCCUGAAUGACCGGACUCCAGUCACCUCCUGCCGACCUCCUUGGUUUCUCUCCUUUUUAUUUAUGCUAUUUUUUACUCCAACUGUUCCCUGCAGCCCUGUAACUCUAUCACUACUCUGUAAAACGCUGGUAGAAACA